UGGGCUGGCUCUUUAAGAGCGGCCGGUGGCCGGCAGCCGCAGCCCGCGGAGGAGGAGCCAGCCCCGGCCGGGGCCCGCAGGAGCGGCGCGGAGGAAACAAAGGAGCGGGGCGCAGCCGGCGGCGCGCAGCAGCCUAGGCGCCAUGAAGCUGAACGAGCGUAGCCUGGCAUUCUACGCCACCUGCGACUCCCCCGCCGACAACGCCGGCUUCCUCUUCAAGAAGGGCGAGCGGAACACGGCCUACCACCGCCGCUGGUUCGUGCUGAAGGGCAACAUGCUCUUCUACUUCGAGGAGCGGGAGAGCCGGGAGCCGGUGGGCGUGAUCAUCUUGGAGGGCUGCACGGUGGAGCUCUGCGAGGCCGCCGAGGAGUUCACCUUCGCCAUCAAGUUUGACUGCGCCAAGUCGCGAACCUACGUCCUGGCGGCCGAGAGCCAGGCUGCCAUGGAGUCCUGGGUCAAGUCCCUGUCGCGCGCCAGCUUCGACUACUUGCGGCUGGUGGUGAAGGAGCUGGAGAAGCAGCUGGAGGAGAUGCAGUCGGGCCUGGCUGGCAGCCGAAGCAUCCAAAGGAGGUCACCGAUUUACCGGAAAACCAAGUCGGCUCUUUGCUUGGACACCAUGUCUCCAGCUCUGGAGCUGUCACCUCCCCGGGAGAGACCCAUGGUGCCGCCUUGCGCCCCCCUGAAAGAGAACGGCUGUGCCGUGUGGAAUAACGUUCAGGGCAUGGAUACCCUGCCAGCUGGGGAUGUCCUCGGGGGCCUUGCUGACUCAGGGAGCGUGAGAACAUCUGCGGGCGGCAGCCACAAGGGAAGCGUGAAGCCGCCUCCUUUGCCGCCUCGCAGACGCGCAUCAUCUGGCAAUACCUGUGGCCCUGGGGCCCUGGUGGCGGACAGCCCGGUGUGCCCAGGCACGGUGUGUUUCUCUAAGCUCCACAACUGGUAUGGCAGAGAGAUCACUGAGCUGAGGAGAGAGUGGCAGGAGAGCCACAAACUGUGA